AAAUGCCAGGAAGUAGAGGGGUCUGAUAAAGAGGAGUUGUUAUUGGGUUUGAAAGAUGUAUUCCGCAGUUGUGGGAUAGCCCCGGACAAUUUGCAACGUGUCAAAUUGGAACUGUACUUAUGAGGCUAAAGACGCACCAUCUUGAAAUAUUUCGGGCCGUCAUUUCAGAAACGUGUACCACUUACAACGUGGAAUGUAGUAGUAGGAUAAUUGCUAUGUACUUGCAUCAUAUCUUUCGUAUCGUUCACCGAAUCAUACCAAAAUGCUUAGUCCAAAAGUAGGCGUCGGGGUGUUCGUCCUCAACAAAGAGGGAAAAUUCGUACUAGGAAAACGAAAGGGAAGUCAUGGGCAUGGAACAUGGGCGCUCCCAGGGGGGCAUCUUGAAGCUGGAGAAUCAUUCGAAGAUUGUGCUGCACGUGAGGUAUUGGAGGAGACCAAUCUCAAGAUCAAGAAUAUACGUUUUUUGACAGCGACAAACGAUGUCAUGGUGGCUGAAAACAAACACUACGUGACGAUAUGGGUCGCUUGUGAGAUGGUGGACAAUCAAGCUGUAGCAGAAAAUCUUGAACCAGAGAAAUGUGAAGUAUGGGAAUGGGUUACUUGGGAGGAGUUGAAGCGAUGUGCCAAGCUUGAGGUAGUCGAAAGAACAGAUCCAGGAUAUCGAGCUCUAUUUCUUCCCCUGCUGAACAUCGUCGCGCAAAGACCUGAUUUCAAAGGGCCAGUUUCAGCUGACUGAGGAAACCACACUGAUCUUAUUUCAAAUGGUAGAGACAAAAGGGCGCGAGUGUGCAGAACAUUAGAGGAGAGAUUUCUCGAUAUUGAACGACCCGCUGUCAGA